AUGCGCUUCUCAACCGUCCUUGCUACUGCCCUCGCGGCCUUUUCCAAUGCCUCCCCUUGCCUCGCAGGUGCAUCUGAGCCCAUCUGCGGCGGAAACGGCUACGUCGGCGCCACAGAUACUCCCUGGUACAAGAAGUCUCAAGCCGAGGGCACCAUCGAGGGCUGCUUCAACUCGUGCACCGGCGGCUGCAAAGCCAUCAGCUUCGACACCCAGUACAAGACGUGCUACUUCUACACCGCAGAAGUCUCCAAGAUGCGCCUCUACCAGGUCACCAACUCGCCCAUGACAUUCCACUACUUCGAUCGAGCUUGCGUCGCGGACGCUGUUGGCAAGACCUGUGGAGCUACUGGCUACGUUAGAGCCACGAACACCCCCUGGUACAAGAAGUCGCAGGCUGAGGGUAACAUGAAGAACUGCCUUGAUGCUUGCCGUGGCGGAUGCAAGGCUGUCAGCUUUGAUGUCCAGUACAAGACCUGCUACUUCUAUACCGCCGAGGUCUCAGCCAUGCAGCUUUACACUGUCUCUUCGCCCAUGAGCUUCUACUACUUCGACCGAGCCUGUGGCUAUGAACCUACCGAGGCUGUCCCUGUCUAG